AUGGCGGUCAACGAGGCGCUCGAGCGCAGCGGCGAUGACAUCAAGGAGAAACUCGCAGCCUUCGAUGCCCUGGCGACCAGGGACAACAUGAAGCUUUUUCUUGUUCAAUUGAAUGCCACUAUUCCUAAGUUCAAGGACCGGGUACGGCUGACUGGGAGCAAACCUGAGCUGAAGAGCCGGUAUCACCAGUACCUCCUAAGGUCCGCCGAGUUGCCCGUAACGAACACAGCUACAACACCUUCAGCAAAGCGCUCCGCAACGGCGCAACAGUCAGCGGCACCGAAGCGCGUGAAGCGUGAACCGCAAACAGGAGACGACGGAGAGAUGAAUUACAAGAGCAUCGAAGACACCGAAGUGCCACAGCUAGCAGCACCGAAGCGCGUGAAGCGUGAACAUCAAGCAGGAGACGACGGAGAGAUGGACUACAAGAGCAUCGACGACACCGAAGCGCUACAGCCAGCGGCACCAAAGCGUGAGAAGCGUACACAGCAAGCUGGAGAGAGCGAGGCGGUUGGCGACAAGAGCACCGACAAUACCCAAGACAUGAUGUCAAGCAUGCUGUCGCGUCUCUUUGUGGCAGAUAGGGUGCAGCUAUCAACAUCCACAAUAACCUGCCUCGGCGCUUUGGGAUCUCCGCUGAGCGCUGUCGCAGCGCGGAAGCCCGAGAACGGAGAUCUAUCGAGCAGGCUUUGGCCGCUGGUCGACCCGAUAUCCACUCUCAUCUCCGCUCGCGACUCUAUCAUCGCAACGCACAGUUAUCUCGACAAUCUUGGUCGGUUGGCUGCUGCAAUUCGCACACGUCCGGUCACUGCCCCAGCCUGCUUCAGCUCAUUCCUUGCCUGCUUACAUUCCACGUUCAUCGUGGACCGCGGAGACGCCGGAGAUACGUUGGCUGUGCCAGACAAAGAGCCGGAAGACACGAGUUUAGACGAGGCAGCAGUUAUGGCCGAGGUGGAUGUCCUGUCGAACGAAGUAAACCGCGCCUUGGCCAAAUGGAGUUCAUCCUUCCCUUCGCCCCCUUCCGAUUCCAUGAUAUAUCCGGUGGACUUCAACCAAACGGAGAGGAUAGAGCUGAGAGGCUUUGCCAGGAAGUACAUUGAGAAGUACCCCCAUCUCAGCAAGCUGGGGAUAGCGAGAGAGGUCUUGCUUGCUACCAGUGAAGACAUUCUGGCAACCGGGCCCAUCGAACGAGGGGAGAAGUUGAAGACAGCGAUGAACGUAUCGAUCGAGGCAAGGAAGAACGUCAAUCUUGUCAAGGGCAAGCCUCCGUCUACCAAGAGUCCUGACUGUGAGGUGGGUGACAAGGAGGAAGAAGGGGAGAAGACGGACAAGCCGAAGGCGCGAAGACGGAUGCCAGUGGUGGCCGAGGUCGGCGAGGAGGAGGAGGAAGAUCAGGAUGUAGUCACUAUCGCUGGGAAAUAG